CACUUUUUUUAGUUCAACAAUAUUGGAAUGAGAAUUUGAAUAUCAAAACUUUGAUUGAAGACUACGUAAAAGAAUAUACAACUAAUUUGGAAAAUGGUCAUAAAUAACAUAGGAAUAUUUUGCCUUUAAAACUAGAAUCUUUUUUUUAAAACUCCUACAAAUAUUUUUUUAUCUUAGCCGAGGUCGACCACCAAAAUUUGUACGAAAAGUUAAGCCUUUUCAUUUUAUCAAUAUCCAUUGUUUUGAGUUUUCUAGGUGAAAUCACAUAGUAAACACCAAGAUUCUCCUAAUUUUUUUCAAGUAUUAUAUAAUCUUUCAAACUUUAUAGCAAAUCAUAUCUCCAGUUAUAUCAAAUUUUCAGUUUUAUUUCUAACAAUUUUCCAACAAAAGUUUCGAAGAAAAAAAAGAUUUUUAUUUAUUAUUAUCACUAUGUUAUUUUAAAUGAAGCAAAGUACUGAAUAUGGAGGACACCGUGAACGCUGUGAUCAUUUUGAUCCGAAGCAACUUUAACAUUCUAAUCUUCGAGAAAGCAGAAAUUGUUAAAGCGAAUUGAUUCAAAUCCAACAAAAUUUCUGCAGUUGCCAAAUAUUAAGCAUUAUUCGCAUCAAAUUCAAUCGUUGAAAUCCACCAUUUUCGUCUUUUUUUGUUCUUCAAUCUCUACGAACAACAAUCUGUCCUCUGCUAGCCUAGAUGACUGGAAAUAUCCAAUUCCACUCCCAGCUUGCCAAAUUCGUCGUUUUUUCUCUCUCAUCUUCAAUCUAUUUAGAAUCCUUUACAUUAUUGAUCGAACUCUGAUUCCGAUCAUCGUUCUCAAUUUCAGACUUAUUACCUUCAGUUGCAAUGAGUUUCGUUAAUGGAGUUUCUGCUGUGAUUCUCGAUCUCGAUGGAACCCUUUUGGACACUGAGACGGCGACAAAAGAUGUGUUGAAGGAAUUUUUGGGAAAGUAUGGGAAAGUUUGGGAGAAGAAGAGAGAAGAGGAGAAGAGAUUGGGGAUGACCCAGAAAGAAUAUGCAGCUGCAGUUGUUAGGGAUUAUGGCCUUCCAUUGACACCAGAUCAAUUUAUUCAAGAAAUUACUCCUAUGUACAGGGAAAAGUGGCCUUCUGUUAAAGCACUUCCUGGUGCUGAUCGUCUUAUCAAACAUCUUUACUCUCAUAAGAUCCCGUUCGGGCUCGCUUCAAAUUCUUCAAGUGAAUAUAUCCAUGCUAAAAUUUCUUGUAUGAAAGGUUGGAAGGACUGGUUUUCUGUGAUUCUUGGUAGUGACCAGGUUAUUGAAGGGAAACCUGCUCCUUAUCUAUUUGAAGAGGCAGCAAAGAGAAUGGGUGUAGAUGCUUCUCAUUGUUUAGUUAUUGAAGAUUCCUUGGUUGGCGUCAAAGCAGCUAAAGCUGCUAAGAUGAAGGUUGUAGCUGUCCCAUCCCGUGGGGGAAUUGAGUGCUCUUCCUUAGCAGAUGAAGUGCUCAAUUCCUUAUUAGAAUUUCAGCCUGAGCUGUGGGGUCUUCCCUUAUUUGAAGACUGGGUAGAUGGAACCUUACAAAUUGAUCCAAUAUAUGUGAGCUCUCAAUACAUUAAUACGUCCAUGAGUGAAAUCUCAGAGGAUGCAUCAAUACCUGACCAAGUUUUUGGAACAUUCUUCGGUUGGGCUGGCACUGGCACGGCCUGGACCAUCAAGGUUGUGGUUAACAUCGGAUGGAAUUGCAGUUCAUGUACAAAAAAGAAUAGGAUCUGGAAACUAUGGUCAGUUGAUAGCUGUGAUAGCAAAAUAUUUGAGCAGCAAAUGCAAUUCAUGCUUGUUGGCUACAUCUGCAGAUUGAAUGGCAAGGAUCUUACAAAUAUGGAUGUGAGAGAGAUUGAAGAGUUCAAGUAUAUUGCCAAGACGUCACUUGACCGAACUAUGUUUGUCAGCCAUUCUUGCACAUCUCUUACUGUAGAAGGAACUUCUAGCAUUAAUGGAUGAUAUAGUUUGUAAUCUACCAGAUAUCACUAUGUUUCUUUGAAGCCAUCAUUCUGGUUCAUAGCUUAUGUUCUUCAUGUGGAGAAAACGCAGUUAGUUCGGAAUCAUGUAUCAUCACUGGCUCAAAUGAUGUUUAUUGUUAUCAUUCCUUUCUUUUCCAAGUAGAUACUAUUCCGAUUACAAAAAAAUCAAGUGGACAAGAUGAACAAUUGGUAUGGUUUCUUUAAUUUAAUCAGAGUAACCACUCUAAUUUAAUGUGAUUUA